UGUCAGCCGGACAACAGAAGCCCAGGGCGGACGAGUCGCGUUCCCAGCGCACUGCCGCGAGCGAGCGAGCGCGUGCGUAGCCACGCCGUGGACGAAAGCUGUUACUCAUUCUGCAGGAGUGCGCGUUGACGCGCCCGCGGCUGGCCCACAGUGUUCUCCUGUUUUGAACACAACAAUUGGGCCAAUUGUCAACCAGUUGCAUAUUGGUGCAAAGCGACUUACGGAGUUCUGGUUUUGGACGCACCACUUUACAAUGUAAACACUAUACAGUAGCAGUUUCCGUCUGAGACAAGCGUAUACUGUCAGUGAUUAUUGUGUAUUCCCGGGCACGCUACCUGAGAGAGUGACCAGGAUUAACUGUGUUUUACGAAAUCUGUCCCGCCGCUUUCCCGCGGAGCAACAACAAUACGGGCUGUGGAGUGUGUGUCUGACGUGAGUGUAGAGCGGCGAGGGAGUGUCCGAGGAGAGCGCGGACAGUGGACAGCGGGCAGUCACAGGUGUUGCGGCGCUAUGGGCGGUCGCGGCGCGAGUGGUAGCCAGUGAGGAGGAGAUGGCAGCGAUGCUGUUGCGGCUGGCGCUGCUGGCGGCGUGCUGUCUGGCGGCGGCCGCUCUGCACGCCGGCGCCGGCGCCCAGCCCGACGCACAGGUGGAGGCGGUGCGCGACGUCUUCAGCCGCGUGCUGCGCCUCCGGCCCCCGGCGCCGACCCCCGACGCCGUCGCCGCCCCCACGCAGCCGCCCCCGAGGCACAUGCUAGAGCUGUACCGCAAGUACGCCGCCGGCGCCGCGCGCCGUCCUCACCACGGCAACACGGUGCGCAGCAUCCUCCCCGAUCCAGAGCUUUCGUCUCUGGACUCGAUGCUGGUGUUCAACGUGUCGCUGGUGGCGGCGGCGUUUUCUGCGGGCGGCGAGGAAGUGCGGGCGGCGCAGCUGCUGUUGCACGGCGGCCGCUGCUGGCCGGGAGAGCAGGGCAACCACAACCACCACCAGCACCACCACCAUAGCCACCACCGCGAGCACCAACACGGCCAGCCCGCACUGCCGCCGCUUGCGCUGGCGCCACCCUGCCGCGCCAGGCUAUAUCGCUUACACACGGCGGAGCCAGGCGGGGCGCGGCGGCGGCGGCGCCCGCUGUCGCUGCUGUCGACGCUGCCGCUGGCGCCGCCGCGCGCCGGCUGGACGUCGCUGGAGGUGUCGGCGCCGCUGCGCGAGCUGCUGCUGGUGGCGGGCCGCGCGCUCGCCGUGCGCUUCGAGGCGCCGGGCGGCCGCCCCAUCCCGCCGCGCGCCUUCCUGCAGCCCGACGACCGCGCCGCCUUCCUCGUCGUCUUCUCCGACGACGUCGCGGACCAGAACCACGUCGACGACGGCGGCGCUGACGGCGACGGCGUCGGCGGGCGGCAGGCGGCCAAGGCGGACGCCGAGGAUUUCAGGCCGAGGCACACCCACGACAUGGUGGAGAUGCUGCACGCAGCGGGUGCUGAUGUCUUUCAGUCGUCCAUCAGGGUCGCCAACAGCAGCACCAGCACCGGUUCCAGCCCCAGCGAGCAGACGACGGCGCCGCCCUCCUGGACAAGGCACACCAAACACCGGCUGAUGCUGGAGAGCAACGCGCUCGAGCCAGACCCGGAACCCCAGCACUGGAGGCACCAGGGCUCCAGGCUGUUGGUGAAGCGCUCCGUCGAGGACAACGAGCUGCCGGAGUCCGAGGCGGAGGACCCCGAGGCGGCUGGCCCGCGCCUGUCGCCCGACCUGCUGCUGCACGCCAGGGGCCCCGCCGCGCACCAUGGCCGCGACGCUGCAGAUGCAAACGGCGACAUUAUACCGCUACCUGGAGGUGGCCACGGCAGCGGAAAGAGGGGCCGUGGCGGAGGCGGGGGUGGCGGAGGCGGUGGAGGCGGGAAGCGGCGGCGGGGGCGCGGCAGGAAGCACGGCCGCAAGGCGCGCAGGAGGCUGCAACAGCAACAGGAGGCGGACUGGACGGACAACGUGGCGGGCAGCGAUUUGUCGGCCGUAGCGAGCAACAGCACCGCCACAUGCCGCCGCCACCGCAUGGCCGUCAACUUCGCCGACAUCGGCUGGGCAGACUGGAUCAUCGCCCCAGAGGCCUUCGACGCCUACUUCUGCGCCGGGCGGUGUCCCUUUCCGCUGCCCAACAGCCUGGGCUGGACGAACCACGCGUUCCUGCAGUCGCUGGUGCGGUCGCUGGGACAGGACGAGGUGCCGGCGCCGUGCUGCGCGCCCUCUGCCCUGUCGGACCUGACGCUGCUCUACAACGACAACUCGGUGGUGGUGCUGCGUCGCUUCCCCAAGAUGACGGUCCUCUCCUGCUCCUGCCAGUAGCCUGCCCGCAUGACAAUCUGAUGUAGAGGUGGCAGGGGUAGCGACUGAGAAAGCUGUGCAGGGUCGUCUGCCCUGCAGUAUACUGCUGCAGCGGUCACAGUUUCACCUGGAGUGUGUGGGCCACAUCAGCAGACUGGGGGCAACAGUGUCUGAUGCGCACAUGUGCUCGAAUAAACACGAUUUAUGUGGACCAUUACCUCGUUCUAGACUACCCGAUAUAGAAUUUGGUAGCUGAAAAAAAAAAAAAAGGAAACAGUGUCCAAAGUCAUUGCGUUGCGUUGGACCGCUGGAACUACUGAACUGUUCCCAAAGUCAUCCGGCAAUGCCUUCAUUUUUCCAGAAGAAGUGGAGGAUGCUGUCAGACUAUCGAGUUGUGGAGCUGUGUUGUGCUUACUCCGAACAUUCACUACCCUCACUGAGAAGAAAGCUAGGAUGAGCGCGCAGAAGAUGAUACUGUCCUAUGUCACGUCCAGCAUAAUAAAAUUUGAAUGAAAUACAUGUAGGCGUUCAUUGAGUGUUUCCAAUGGAACAAAACUGUGCUGAUGUCAACUACAUUUCAGACUUUCCGUAAUCCAAUCCGAAAGAGCACGUUAUCUUUGCCUAUCCAAUGCAAACAACUAAAUACAUCUUUUUCCCUCGUUUCUUUCUGUUUCAGUGACAAUAACCGUUAUUUCCAUCAACGUGUUUCAGUGAAACAAAAAUACAAAUGUUUUCCCAAUUUCAUUCAUCUUAAAAACAAUAGAAUGUGAUAAAUGGAAGGCUGCCUCCAAAUUAAACAUCCAAUGCAUUUACUUCCUACAGGUGUAUUAACAAAAUGGAGAAAAUUAAAUAGGUCUUUUGCGAUAAUUCUAUCGAAACAGAAUACUUGUGUAAUAAUAUGGCGCUGCAUGUGAAUACAUGACGAUAUAUGGCAAAUUUUACAAGAUGACUAUCUUGAAUCUCAGUUCUGUCCUUAGCGGGUUCAUGAAACACACAGCACUAUUCUCUAAAAAUUUGUCAUAAUAUAGUGACUAUCUCUAGACACAGCGAGAGAGCCAGUGUAUGUGAUUCCGUACAUCACUGAAAAGAUUGUUAAAUACUGGAAGCACACUUUUGUUUUCCACAUAACGUGAAUUAUCUCUGUGUGGUCGAACCUAGUGCAAAUACUAACUGACACUGAUUAGAACUGCCUGUUCUAUAAAACAAUAAUAGGCAAUACAAGAAAAAGUCUUUUGCUCGCAAAGUUAUCAACCUUUGAUUACUGCAAUGUUCCUAGCGAAAAGAACAGACAUUAGGUGAACACUUUGAUAGUGAAAAAUAUUCCAUGUGUAUCUACAGGGGCAGGUUUCGCAUAAAAUGUCAUCUCCCGUGGUCGUGAGUGUCGUUUAGACAACAGGAAAAUAUCUUCAAAAACUUUGAUUCGUGUAAAUUUAUGAUUCAUUUGUGACCAUAACAUGUACCUUCUAUGCAACACUAAUUAUGUGAAGAUCAUCGAUAAUAAUCUAGGUAAUCCAUUAGUUUUCAUGGUCCAGAGCUAUUUAUUACAUAAACAUGUAAUUCAUUUAUUGUAUUGAAGCAUGUUAGUACAAACUGAAAUGCGAUUGUCAGUGAAUACUGACAACGAGUUUGAUUACAUUUAUGUACAGUAGAUGUAUAGGAGCUACAGUGCCCGCAAAUGGUAACUGUUAGAAGUUAUUAUUAGUUAGUGCAUAAAAAUUUAGAUGACAUGUUUAACAUUUAUGUAAUGUUGUAUGUCGAAGUUUAAUGUAUGUUGUUAGAUCUUUAAUGGUGUCUGUUAGCUUCUUAAUAUGUUUAACAUUUAUUGCCGUUUCAAUCAUGUAAAUGUCUCUGAAAUGUAAUCAAAAUGUAAAUAGUUAGAGAAUAUGUUAUAAUUAGUCAAAUAAGUAAAGUUACUUUAGUUUAAUAUAUAAUGGAGUUGUCUGGACAUCGUCAUGUGAAAUCGUAGCAGUGACAAGUUUACAUAAGAUAUGUUACUCUCCUUGUUAAAUUAAGCAUACUUGUCUGAACAUUUGCUUAUGCUGCAGUUAGAACAAAACAUUAGCUGAAAUUCUAAUUCCUUCAAAUUCUUAGAACGUUAGGUACAAUUUGCAUAAAAUUGGUUCUCUAUGUAAAUCAAACAACAGAUAAUUUCAAAUGUUCUAUUACGAUUUUGGCUUGAGUAGAACCUGUACAUGAAAAGACAACGCAAGAUUCUAGCUUCACAUAACUAACAAAUUUGUAAAUGCAUGAAUACUUCAUUAGAAAUAGUUAUUUGUAUAUAUUAUUUUGCAACGUAAGUCUGGGAAUCCUGACCAAAAACAACGUAAGUAAUUUAAACCAAAUAAUGGAGGUAUGAUUCAAGACAGUAGACAACCAUAUGUGGUACAAUAUGAUUGUAGAUAUAAAGCAGUGAGAUGUUAACAGACGUAAAGUAGAACUUGUCGAUUAUUCCUUCUGGAUCACUGAAGAAACUGUAUCUGAUGUGUAAAAUACAAAUAAAUCCAGAUCUCUUUCUGUACCGCAAAUCUCCAUGUCCAUAUGAAAAUUUAAAGUGUGAAGAUUGACUUAUAGUACUCCAGAGAUUACUGUUCUGCAUCUAUCAAAAUCAGUUGCAGAAAGUGGAACGAAAUACCAGUGUAGCUAAAUGUGAUAAUUUUAAUAUCGUCCCUGCAUUUAAUAACACUGAGAUAUUAGUAUUUAAUCCUUUUGUAGAUUUUAGUGCUAUGGAGUAUAGAUUCCUAUACGUAUUGAAAUUUGAAAUUUCUUGAAAAUUUUGUAAAACUGGUAUUGUCUUGCAUACAUGUUACACGUUUACAUAAUUUAAUGCACAUGAUCUUGCCAAACGUGUGUUCCCCUUCUUUAUGUAUUCGAGUAGGCAGCAAUUCGAUGGCUUUGUGCUAUCACAUUAAUUACACUUGAUGGGAAGAAUAUAAUUGAAUCUCUGCUGUAGAAAGUAGAAAAUUCCGAAUAGGGCUUUCACAUAUCCCUGCACAUGUGUUUACUAUCAGCAUUUUAAUUUAAUAAAACACUGCACCAGUCAAUCCAGAGAUGCAUGUCGAAGGAAAAUGUUAAACCAUUCCUUAUCGAAUAUAGAAUGUGAAUGUGCAGCAUGAACGUAAUUGGUUGGUAUCUAUUGUUUAUGUCUAGGAGAGUUCUAAAAAUCCGACUAUCUGCUUCCUAUGGACUAAUACAGUAUGUUGCUUAUCGUCGUUGCCACUAAUAAGUGGUGUAGCAUAAUAUGAGUGGUAGUUACAAUACAUGUUCCUGGGGCAUAAGAAAAACACGCUGCUGUAUGGUAUGGAAUCAGCAAGCAUUAAUUUUAUUGCAAUUAGAUUCAUACAGCUGUAUAUUAUAUACUACCGCACACUACAGCACAAAUAUACCAUUUUCACCUAUCAACGUGGACAGUUGAGUUUUAUAGUCAGCAGAAGAGUUUUAUAGUCAUGUUCUAGAAACUGAAAUAUUUUAGAAAGUGUCAUUUGUUAUUCGAAGAGAUUUUCUCUUCGAACAUUUAAUUGGCUGGGAUAAUUUUAAAUUUCACAGCUGUCAUUUAUUUAGCUACUUUCUGCCUUCAACUGACUGGUAGCAUUUUGAAAUCGUUCCUUCUUGUGCACUAGACUUUCAUGAGCAACACUAUAAGCAUGUUAUUUCUAAGCGACUACUCUUAUUGUUAUCUUGCCUUGUGAUAGCUUUUUUACCAGUUAACUGGGAUAUCCUUUUUCAUUAAUUUUUAGCACAAACAGAGUUAAGUUUAAGACGCAAUGGCAGAUAACUGUACAAAAAGUUGUAAACAAGAAAAAAAUUGCUGAAGAAACCUUUGAAAGAUAUUCGAUUAUUAACAGUAUGGAACAUUCUUGGUUUAGCAGAGAAAAAGCUCUAUAUUUUUGAUA